GGUCAGUAUAGUGGGGCUUUCAAUGUCACUCUGCCCAUUGACCUCAUUUCACCCAUGGCUACCCUCUUUGUUUACACUGCCUUCCCUGAGGGACAAGUGGCAGCUGACACCUUCAGUCUGAAAGUCUCCAAGUGCUUCAGGAACCAUGUGAAGCUUGACUUCUCAGACACAGUGGCUCUCCCAGGAUCGGCUGUCCGUCUUCAUUUGCAGGCUGCACCAGGCUCCCUAUGUAGCAUCCGUGCUGUAGACCAGAGUGUCCUUCUCCUGAGGCCAGAGGCUGAGCUAUCCAGGGAUAGUGUGUACAAUAUGUUCACCUAUUCUCAGGAGCAUCCCAGCACCCUCACAGACUCUUACAGUGAUUACUGUACUAUCCACACGAGCCCAGGAAUCAUCGGUUCCCCUCAGACCACCCUUCCACCAGGAACAAUGUCACCAUUCAUGUACAACAGAUACUCGUAUGCAGUGUCCCAACCGGAUGUUUAUGAACUUCUGAAGAAUUCAGGUCUAACUUUUUUAACCAGCCUCAAAAUCAAGUCUCCAAUUGAGUGCCGCACCCAGACCACUUUCUACUACGACUACAUGUCUUAUGGCGAGCUGGCAGACUUGGACAACUUGGACCCAGAAACAGAUGCUGCUGUUGAACGUGCUGAGUCAGAGCACGUUGAGCUGGGUAGCGAGGCAGGGCCAGUACGUACCUGGUUUCCAGAGACAUUCAUCUGGACUCUGGUUCCCAUCAAUGAUUCAGGGGCUGCUGAGCUAGCUGUCACAGUACCUGACAGUAUCACAGACUGGAGAGCCAUGACCUUCUGCACCUCAGAGAGCCAUGGGUUGGGAAUCUCAGAGACCACCAGCCUGCGGAGCUUCAAGCCCUUCUUUGUGGAACCCACUUUGCCCUACUCUGUCUUCCGGGGAGAGUCAUUUCCCCUGAAAGUCAAAGUCUUCAGCUACCUGAAGCAGUGCAUGGUGCUCCAGCUUAGUCUAAUGGACUCCGGGGAUUUUGAAUUUGUGCAUGCAAAUGUCAGGUUCACUAUUUGUCUGUGUCCUGAUUCAGCAAAAACAUUUUUCUGGGAUGUGAAGGCUACAAAAUUAGGGAAGGUGAAUUUCACUGUCACUGCUGAGGUGAUGGAGCAGGAAGAUGUUUGCACUGAGAGUACAGCUGUUGUCCCAGAGUCUGGAGGGAAGGACACAGUGGUUAAACACCUGCUGGUGAAGGCAGAGGGGCUGCUGGAGGAAAAGACCCACACCUCGCUUCUGUGCCCUAAAGGAACUUCAGCUUCAGAGACAAUCACUUUCACUAUGCCAGAGAACAUAGUCCUUGGGUCGGAGAGAGCCCACAUCUCUUUCUUAGGCGACAUUUUGGGGACAGCACUGGACAACAUAGAUGAGCUCCUUCAGAUGUCCAGUGGCUGUGGUGAGCAGAACAUGGUUCAUUUUGCCCCCAAUGUCUUUAUCACACGAUACCUUGAAGAAACAGGACAACUGACUCCAGAAAUCAAACAGAAGGCAAUCGGCUAUCUGGAAAGCGGGUAUCAGCGGCAACUCCUAUACAAGCACACAGAUGGCUCAUACAGUGCCUUUGGGGAAGGAAGUGAGCCAGGGAACACAUGGCUUACUGCCCUUGUCCUCAAGACCUUCAGCCAAGCCCGGGACUUCAUCCACAUAGAUGAGCAGAAUAUAAAGGACGCUGCCAGUGCCCUGAUUAAAAGUCAGACUCCAUCUGGCUGCUUCAGGAGUGUGGGGAAGCUCUUCAACAAUGGUCUAAUGGACCCAGUUGUGUGGAAAGCUCUGAAAUGUAUAAGGGACCUGGUCAAUGCUGAUACCGGCGGUUCCAACCUCUACGGCCUGGCACUAGCCGCAAAUGCCUUUGCAGUAGCAGGUGAUAAGGCCCUCAGGCAGAAAAUCCUCAAAAGAUUGGAUAAGGCCGCCAUAAUAUCAGAUGAAAUCAGAAAGGCAUCCCAGAUUGUGUCUUGGCUCACCAAGCAGCAAAACCCUUAUGGAGGCUUUGCUUCAACCCAGGACACGGUGGUUGCUCUGGAAGCCUUAGCCCUGUAUGCAACCAAGACCUUCAGCAAGGAUGGCCCUGAUCUUCAGGCUUCUCUCUCUUCUGAGGGUUUCAACCAAAACAUCCGAGUAGACAAUACCAAUCGCCUCCUGCUGCAGACAGUGGAGCUGCCAGCCAUUCCCCGAGAUUAUACUGUGCAUGUGCAGGGCCAUGGGUGCCUCUUCCUGCAGGCCAUUCUGCGGUACCACAUCCCUCCACUGAGGAGCGACGUCGCCUUUGCCGUAUCUGUGCAGACAGAGUGCACCGCACCCAAUGCCACCCAGUUCCCUGUCACCAUUCAUGCUCGCUACACAGGGAACCGUGUGUCCACCAACAUGGUCCUGAUUCAAGUGGAGCUGCUGUCUGGAUACAGCCCCGUGGCAGGUUCACUGGAAGAGCUAAAGAAAAUGCCUUUAGUGAAGAAAGUUGAAAGUGAAGCUGACCGAGUCAUUCUCUACCUGGAGGAACUGACUAGACAGCCUCACACCUACACUUUGCUGGUGCAGCAGGACAUGCAAGUGAAGGAUCGUAAGCCAGCUAAUAUCAAGGUCUACGAUUACUACAUGCCAGGAACACAGACAGACCCAUCCUCUGCAGUCUCUGUCCGACAGUCCUUUGUCACCCUGGCCAACAGCCACCAGAUGAUGACGAGUUGCAAAGAGAGAAUACUUGAAAUUUCCUGCUAA